CCAAUCAUAUAGCUACGUUUAUGAAUACGAAUUAUUAGCCAAUCAUCUUUCGGAGGCGGGGUUGCGUCCACCUCCACGCGCGUGUUGACGUACGGAGAACGCGGGAGUCGUGAUGGCGGAAGACUCGAGUAUAAACUCAGCAGAAGGAGGAAACAGGACAUUUCAGGGGAAGCGUCCACUGAAGAGGAGGCACGAUGGAGACGAGGACGAAGACGAGUCUCUGUCUCCUAAUAAAAAGCUGGACACGGGGGAAGGCCACAGUCAGAAGGUGGCCACACACUACAACUCUCUGCAGGAGUGUGGCCUGGUGGAGCGAAGCAAGAGCCGAAUUGUCCACAUGCGCAACUUUAACAACUGGCUGAAGAGUGUUUUAAUCGGUGAGAUUCUGGACACGGUGCGGCGUAACAGGAGGGAGGUGUGUGUGCUGGAUCUGGGCUGUGGGAAAGGAGGAGAUCUGCUGAAGUGGAGGAAGGGACGGAUCAGCAGGCUGGUGUGUGCAGACAUUGCUGGUGUGUCAGUAGAUCAAUGUCAACAGCGUUACACUGACAUGAAGAAGAGGAGUCACCCUAAUGAACGCAUCUUCACUGCUGAGUUCAUCACUGCUGACUGCUCCAGGGAGCUGCUGAGUGAGAAGCUGAGUGACCCUGAAAUGCAGUUUGAUGUGUGUAGUUGUCAGUUUGUGUAUCAUUACUCGUUCGAGAGCCAGCAGCAGGCCGACACCAUGCUGAGGAACGCCUGCGAGAGGCUCCGCCCCGGGGGAUUAUUUAUGGGAACCACACCCGACGCUUAUGAGCUGGUAAAACGUCUGGAGCAGUCGCCUUCCAACAGCUUUGGGAACGAGGUGUACCGUGUGACGUUCCAGAAGAAAGGUGACUACCCUCUGUUCGGCUGUCAGUAUGACUUCAACCUGGAGGGAGUCGUGGACGUGCCCGAGUUCCUGGUGUAUUUCCCGCUGUUUGUGGAAAUGGCAAAAAAGUACAACAUGCGUCUGGUGUAUAAAAAAACUUUCCACCAGUUCUUUGAGGAGAAGAUAAAAGACGAGAGGAACAAAAGUCUCAUGCAGAGGAUGCAUGCACUCGAGCAAUACCCGGCUGACAGAGGCAGGUUGGUGUGUGAUGGUGUGAAGGAGUAUGAACACGCUGAGAGGAGAAAGAACACCGGGGUCUCACUGCCACUGGGGACGCUGUCCAGGUCGGAGUGGGAAGCUACAAGUAUUUACAUGGUGUUUGUGUUCGAGAAGAUGGUCUGAAGUGAACCUCAAACAUCACCUGGGUUAUUUCUCUCUCUCUCUUUAUCUCUCUCUCUCUCUCUCUCUCUCUCUCUCUAUCUUUCUCUCUCUCUCUCUUUAUCUCGCUUUCUCUCUCUCUCACCUUUUUUUUAAUUCACAAGCUGGGCAAAGCUGCUAAGUUUCCUUUUCACACAUGGCUACUAAAGGGGUGUGUAUGUGUGUGUGUGUGUGUAUGCGUAUAAAACAGCUGUAUGUGCUGUUUUUCAGGCUGUAACUGUGUUUAUCUUGUGAUAAACUGGUACACUGUUGGAUGAAGAUGUAAAAUAAAAGUGUAAAACAUGA